UCAUACGAGAAUCCAACAAGAUGGGCGUCACCAAGCUCGCCUUUCUACACUUCAAAACCAAGACCCAUCCACCAGUACAGAGACAACCUUAAAAGAGGUCCGAAAUGCCCAAUCAACAUACUCAAGCUAUCAAGUCCACUUCUUCCGCCAAGUGGAAGACCCAACCUACAUCUACCUAUUGAGCGGCUGGGACUCAAGUCGCAAAAUACGACCAGUGGAUCGCACCCGAACAAAACCAGAGCUAUCUUGAACGACUCAAAAACUGAUAUCGAUGUAGAAAUCUACAAUCCCCUCAACGCACCGGUCAUCACAUUAACGCGGUGCUUCAUUGAGCCGAGCAAGAAGGACGAGCUCUACCAAGCCUUUGCUAUAGGCCAUCUAGGGCUGAAGUCGUAUACGGCUCGCUUCGCGACUUCUGGCGCGUGGAGGGCUGAUUUGGAGGAUUGUGAAGACGGGGACUUCAUGCUCUUCUCUGUAUGGAAUUCUGUGGAGGUCAUUCUGGUUUUGCUAAGACUGAGGCGUGGGUGA